UCUCUGCAGAGCCCAGCAGCAUUUGGGCUGAGCCGGCGAGGCUGCAGAAUGGAGCUGCGACCCUACCAAUGGGAGGUGAUCAUGCCCGCCCUGGAGGGCAAGAAUAUCAUCAUAUGGCUGCCCACGGGCUCUGGGAAGACCAGGGCAGCUGCUUAUGUGGCCAAGAGGCAUCUAGAGACCGUGGACGGAGCCAAGGUGGUUGUAUUGGUCAACAGGGUGCACCUGGUGAGCCAGCAUUGUGAGGAGUUCAGCCGCAUGCUGGAGAGACGCUGGACCAUCACAACCCUGAGCGGGAACAUGGGGCCACGAGCUGGUUUUGGCCACGUCGCCCGGAGGCACGACCUGCUCAUCUGCACGGCUGAGCUGCUGCAGAAGGCACUGGCCAGCCCGGAAGAGGAGGAGCAUGUGGAGCUCAAUGCCUUCUCGCUGCUGGUGGUGGAUGAGUGUCACCACACGCACAAAGACACCGUCUACAACAUCAUCUUGAGCCGAUACCUGGAGCUUAAACUCCAGAGGACCCGGCCGCUGCCUCAGGUGCUGGGUCUCACCGCCUCCCCAGGCACUGGCGGCGCCUCCACACUCGAGGGGGCCAUUGAUCACGUCCUGCAGCUCUGUGCCAACCUGGACACAUGGUGCAUCAUGUCACCCCAGAACCAUCGCCCCCAGUUGCAGGAGCACAGCCACCAGCCCUGCAAACAGUAUGACCUCUGCUACAGGCACACCCAGGACCCGUUUGGGGACAUGCUGAAGAAGCUCAUGGACCAAAUCCACGACCACCUGGAGAUGCCCGAGUUGAGACGGGACUUCGGGACGCAAACCUACGAGCAGCAAGUGGUGGAACUGAGCCAGGAUGCGGCUGAGGCGGGGCUCCUGGAUCGGCGGGUGUACGCGCUUCACCUGCGUCGGUACAACGACGCGCUGCUUAUCCACGACACGGUCCGCGCAGUGGAUGCCCUCGACACGCUGCGAGAUUUCUACAACAGGGAGCGUGCCACUAAGACCCGGAUCCUGCAUGCCGAGCGCUGGCUGCUGGCGCUGUUUGAUGACCACGAGAAUGAGCUGACCCGCCUGGCAACUAGCAGCCCAGAGAACCCGAAACUGGAGGUGCUGGAAGCAAUCCUGCUGAAGCAAUUCAGGAGCCCUGACAGACCCCGGGGCAUCAUCUUCACCCGAACCCGCCAAAGCGCUCACUCCCUCCUGUUGUGGCUCCAGCAGCAGCCAGGCCUGCAGACAGUGGACAUCCGGCCCCAGGUGUUGAUUGGGGCUGGGAACAACAGCCAGAAGACUCAGCUGAUCCAGAUGACACAGCGGGACCAGCAAGAAGUAAUCCAGAAGUUCCGGACUGGUACCCUGAACCUCCUGGUGGCCACGAGUGUGGCAGAGGAGGGGCUGGACAUCCCCCAGUGCAAUGUGGUGGUGCGCUAUGGGCUCCUGACCAAUGAGAUCUCCAUGGUCCAGGCAAGGGGCCGGGCCCGGGCCAGCCAAAGCACGUACUCGUUUGUGGCAGCCCAAGGCAGUCGGGAGCUGCGGCGGGAGCUGACGAAUGAGGCGCUGGAGACUCUGAUGGAACGGGCAGUGGCAGCUGUGCAGGCGAUGGACCAGGCCGAGUACCAGGCCAAGAUCCGGGAUUUGCAGCGGGCAGCGUUGGUCAAGAGGGCAGUCCAGGCAGCCCAGAGAGAGAGUCGGCAGCGCAAGUUCCUGGCGGAGCAGGUCCAGCUCCUCUGCAUCAACUGUGUGGUGUCCGUGGGCUAUGGGAGUGACCUCCGGAAGGUGGAGGGUACCCAUCACGUCAAUGUGAACCCCAACUUCUCGAUCUACUACAACAUCUCAGAGCAGCCUGUGGUCAUCGACAGAGACUUCAAGGACUGGAGACCCGGGGGUGCCAUUAGCUGCCGGAACUGUGGGGAGGCCUGGGGUCUGCAGAUAAUCUACAAGUCAGUGAAGCUGCCGGUGCUCAAAGUUGGCAGUAUGCUGCUGGAGACACCACAAGGGCGAGUCCGGGCCAAGAAGUGGUCCCGCGUGCCCUUCACUGUGCCUGACUUUGACUAUGUGCAAUGUGCUGAGGGCCUGGCGGGCCUCUCUCUGGACUGACUGCCUUGUCCUGCAAUGCCCAGCACAGCCUGCAGGGGGCAGGAGAAUCCACAACAGCCACCAUCUCCUGGGCAAAGCCUGGGUCCAGCCCCUCCCACCGGAGUCACCAAUUCCUGACUCCCUACUGACCAACCAGCCACAGAGGAACCCUGGGCUCCCAGGCUGGCUCGACUCCUAUACUGAGGAAGCAGCCCGAGAGCCACAGCUCAUCCCAAAUAUCCUCACAUGUACAUAGACACCUUCGUAUACACUGAAUGGAACCGGGGGAGGCGGGGGUGGAAACUGAGGCAGGAGAAUGGCCACCCUGACUAGGCAUCAUCACGGUUUCCCUUCAACAUUCCUUCCCUGCCAAGGCCACUGCUAUUUUUUGAGAUUCUUCAUAAAUUAAAAAUAAAGAAGUGGAAAACGGGUGUA